AUGUUGCAAGAGCUUCGAAGUCGCAGUUCUGCGGCCGGUUGUACGGCCAACGAACAACUGUUGCAGUGGUUGAAGAGUGUGUUAUACUCGGCUGCUGACGCUGGCUUCGAAUGCUGCCAUGGUUGGAUUGGCGAAGGGAAUGACUCGAAUGACCGAAAGGGAAUAAAAGCAUCACACAACCUCGAAGGACUCCGAGGCUGGCAGUUCUCCGGUUCUUCCACGGCGGAGAUGCUGGAUCAUUGUCUUCGAUCAUUGGGGUUUACCCGCUUUCAUAUUCAAGUUCAACUCAGCCAUAAUUAUCACUUUCAUGGCAACUGCCGUAAUUUUAUUAAUGUCGGCCUCCUCGAGCGCAGCGCAGUCGUGUUUUGGGUUUCGUGGGCCCCAGAGCCGAUGACGAAGCAGCUGCUCUCAGAGCUUCAGGAGGAGACCGCGAUCACACGCGUGGGGGCGAAGAAUGUCAAGAGUUGGCUGCAGCAGAAGUCGGGCGAGUUCGUGCACUUGUGCCGAGAUGCUGCACGCGAAGGCAAAGAAGAGACAUCCAUGCAAAUUUGGACAGGGCCAAACUGGACAAUAGUCCAAGAAGCAAGGGCGACCGAGCUAGCGGAACCAGGCGUAGCUUGGGAUGUCGAUUGCGAAGUGCUUGCGCCGUUGCUGGAAGCGCAACUGAAGCGCUUCCAUCUUCCCACGUGUAGCGCAACGAAGUGCCGGUUCAGCAGCUCACAGCUCCUUGCUGUGACGAAUGGCCCUUCUGGUCACAAGCUGCUUGGGAAGGGCGCGCACGGAAUUGAGGUGCGGGCCAGUUGGACGCCGAACGCAGCCGAAGCUUCCAUGGUCGCCCCCCAGGCGUCUUUCGUGCCAUUGCCGCGGCCCACGGUCAAUUCUGCACCACGCGGUCGGAGGUCGCACCAGCGUUGGGCGGACGGCCUCGAAAGUGUUGAUGCAGGACGCCGCGACUUCUUCCCAGCCGGUUGGGUGCCCAGCAAAGCUGUCGCGGAGUCGAUCCAGACCUUGGGCUACAGCCCGUUGCAGUGCGGCUCCGUGAUGCAGAGGGCAAGCGCAAUUGCAGAAGAGUUGCGAGAGAUGGGCAUGGGCUACAUGAGCAUGGAGCAUUCAGCGGCCGUCUUGGCGUACACACAAGAGGAGGACCCGUGCCUCUACAUGAAGCUCAACGCCGCGAUGCGCUCCCAAGAUCCCCAGGAUGAGAGGAGGCUGAAGGUCUACCUGGACUACAUCUACCAUCUCACCGAGGCCCUCGCCCUCUUGCCGGCGUAUGCAGGGGCGGCCUACCGUGGUACAAGCAUCUUCUUCAAGAGUGGCUUGUACGAAGUCGGCAAGAAGAUCACCUGGCAGGCCUUCACCUCCACGACCCGGGACCAGCUCGCGGCCAUCAGCUUCCUCCAGUGUGAGUCCAGGAAGCUGUCGGGGACACUUUUCGUGCUGGAGGUGAAGUCCGGUAGGAGAGUGGAAGCAAUCAGCGAGUUCGUGGAAGAGAAGGAAGUGCUCGUGAGCUACAACUCGUUUUGGGAGGUUACCAAGAUCGUGACCUCCCCGGCGGAGAAAGCAGAGCUUUGCGACGACUUGAGUGCCUAUAACUUGUCGGACUUGGACGUCUACUGCUUGAAGCAGUUGUAG